UUCUCUGUUCUCUCUGUCCCCUAAACCCUCCUCCUCCGCCUUCUCGUUUAUAGUGACAGCCAUGAGCAGCGGCAGCCGGAAACGCCCUGCUCCACCGACUUCGCAUCCCUCGCCGGCCACCCAGGCGAAAACCCAGGCCCUGUCUCAGGAAGAUGAUUUCGUCGAUGAGGAUGUGUUCCUCAACGAAACCCUCAUCACGGAGGACGAAGAGUCCCUCAUCCUCCGCGACAUCGAGGAGCGCCAGGCCCUCGCUAACCGCCUCUCCAAGUGGACCCGCCCUCCCCUCUCCUCCGACUACGUUUCGCAAUCUUGCAGCGUCCUUUUUCAGCAGCUGGAGAUUGAUUACGUAAUUGGAGAGAGCCACAAAGAGUUGAUGCCGAAUUCGUCUGGACCUGCUGCUAUAAUUAGAAUAUUUGGUGUUACAAAGGAAGGACACAGUGUUUGCUGCAAUGUUCAUGGGUUUGAACCAUAUUUCUACAUCAGCUGCCCGCCUGGAAUGGGUCCGGAUGAUAUCUCCCAUUUUCAUCAAACUCUUGAGGGAAGGAUGCGAGAGGCCAAUAGAAACAGUAACGUGGGCAAAUUUGUUCGUCGUAUUGAAUUGGUGCAGAGAAGGAGCAUUAUGUAUUAUCAGCAGUCCAGUUCUCAUCCCUUUCUCAAAAUUGUAGUUGCUCUCCCCACAAUGGUUGCCAGCUGCCGUGGUAUUCUUGAUAGAGGUAUUCAGCUUAAUGGUCUUGGCAUGAAGAGCUUCAUGACUUAUGAAAGCAAUGUACUUUUUGCCCUUCGCUUCAUGAUUGAUUGCAAUAUAGUUGGUGGUAAUUGGAUUGAAAUUCCUGCUGGGAAAUAUAAGAAGACAGCAAGAAGCUUGUCUAACUGUCAGUUAGAGUUUGAUUGCUUGCAUUCGGAAUUGAUUAGCCAUGCUCCAGAAGGUGAAUAUUCAAAGAUGGCACCAUUUCGCAUAUUGAGUUUUGACAUUGAGUGUGCUGGUCGUAAAGGUCAUUUUCCUGAGCCUACCCAUGAUCCUGUUAUCCAGAUUGCUAAUCUGGUUACAUUACAAGGAGAAGAUCAGCCAUUCAUCCGUAAUGUGAUGACCCUUAAUUCAUGUUCUCCCAUAGUUGGUGUUGAUGUGAUGUCGUUUGAUACAGAAAGAGAAGUCCUUCUGGCCUGGAGGGAUUUUAUCCAUGAAGUUGACCCUGAUAUUAUAAUUGGAUAUAACAUCUGCAAAUUUGACCUGCCAUAUCUUAUUGAGAGAGCUCAAGCCUUGAAAAUAGCAGAAUUUCCUAUUCUGGGCCGUAUCAGGAACAGUAGGGUCCGAGUAAAGGAUACAACUUUUUCAUCUAGACAGUAUGGAACCAGAGAAAGUAAAGAAGUUGCUGUAGAAGGGAGAGUUCAGUUUGAUCUGCUCCAGGUUAUGCAAAGAGACUACAAAUUAAGUUCUUAUUCUUUGAAUUCUGUUUCAGCACACUUUCUUUCUGAGCAGAAAGAGGAUGUUCACCAUUCUAUCAUAUCUGAUCUUCAGAAUGGAAAUGCAGAAACUAGGAGGCGCCUUGCUGUGUAUUGUUUAAAGGAUGCUUAUCUCCCUCAACGGCUUUUAGAUAAAUUGAUGUUCAUUUAUAAUUAUGUGGAGAUGGCUCGAGUAACAGGUGUCCCAAUUUCUUUUCUGCUUGCUAGGGGCCAAAGCAUUAAGGUACUUUCUCAACUCCUUAGGAAGGCAAAGCAGAAGAACCUGGUUCUUCCUAAUGUAAAACAGGCUGGUUCAGAACAAGGAACAUAUGAAGGUGCCACUGUAUUGGAGGCAAGAGCUGGGUUCUAUGAAAAGCCAAUUGCUACUUUAGAUUUUGCAUCACUAUAUCCAUCUAUUAUGAUGGCCUAUAAUUUAUGUUAUUGUACCCUGGUGACUCCUGAAGAUGUUCGGAAACUUAAUCUUCCUCCAGAAUCAGUAAACAAAACUCCAUCUGGGGAAACAUUUGUUAAAUCAAAUUUGCAGAAGGGAAUACUUCCUGAAAUUCUUGAAGAGCUUUUAGCCGCGCGUAAAAGGGCAAAAGCAGAUUUGAAGGAGGCAAAAGAUCCCCUUGAGAAAGCCGUGCUUGAUGGUAGACAACUGGCCCUGAAGAUCAGUGCAAAUUCUGUAUAUGGGUUUACUGGGGCAACUAUUGGUCAGUUACCAUGCUUGGAGAUAUCGUCAAGUGUAACUAGCUAUGGUCGCCAAAUGAUUGAGCACACAAAAAAACUUGUGGAAGAUAAAUUUACAACUCUUAAUGGCUAUGAACACACUGCCGAGGUAAUAUACGGUGACACGGAUUCAGUCAUGGUUCAGUUUGGUGUCUCUACGGUAGAAGAGGCUAUGAACCUGGGAAGAGAAGCUGCUGAAUAUAUUAGUGGAACUUUCACAAAACCCAUCAAACUAGAGUUUGAGAAGGUUUACUUUCCAUAUCUCCUAAUUAGCAAGAAGAGAUAUGCUGGUUUGUUUUGGACAAAACCAGACAACUUUGACAAAAUGGACACUAAAGGUAUUGAAACAGUUCGGAGAGACAAUUGUUUAUUAGUCAAAAACCUUGUGAACGAUUGCCUUCACAAAAUAUUGAUUGAUAGGGACAUCCCUGGGGCAGUUCAAUAUGUUAAAAAUGCAAUUUCAGAUCUUCUUAUGAACCGAAUGGAUUUAUCACUUUUGGUUAUUACAAAGGGUUUGACAAAGACAGGAGAUGAUUAUGAAGUGAAGGCAGCUCAUGUUGAACUUGCUGAAAGGAUGCGCAAGCGAGAUGCUGCCACUGCUCCAAAUGUUGGGGAUAGAGUACCAUAUGUCAUUAUUAAAGCUGCAAAGGGUGCCAAGGCUUAUGAGAGAUCAGAGGAUCCAAUAUACGUCCUGGAGAACAAUAUUCCUAUAGAUCCCCAAUACUAUCUUGAGAAUCAAAUCAGCAAGCCAAUUCUAAGGAUUUUUGAGCCAAUUCUGAAGAAUGCUAGCAAAGAACUUCUCCAUGGAAGCCACACAAGAUCUAUUUCGAUUUCUACUCCGUCAAACAGUGGCAUCAUGAAAUUUGCUAAGAAACAGCUAACUUGCAUUGGUUGCAAAGCUUUACUUAGCAAGGGAAAUCACACUCUUUGCUCACAUUGCAAAGGAAGGGAAGCCGAGCUGUACUGCAAAACAGUGACACAUGUUUCCGAACUAGAAAUGCUUUUUGGGAGGUUGUGGACACAGUGCCAGGAAUGUCAAGGUUCACUUCAUCAGGACGUUCUCUGUACAAGUCGUGAUUGUCCUAUUUUUUAUCGACGAAAAAAGGCUCAAAAAGAUAUGGCUGAAGCAAAGCUGCAACUUGACCGAUGGAACUUCUAAGAUUUUGUCAAGAUCCAUAAUUAGUUAUUUCUCCACAUGAAAGCCAGAUACCUUAAUUUUACAAUCGUUCGCAUCGUCUAAUUUGCUGUUUUGGGGAUUGAAGUACAACCUCUGCGUCUGCCUGCGGAUUCGGAAUCCUAUGACAUGCUCCUGGAAGGAAGGUAAAUGUAGUGAGGCUUGAUUUUUGCGUGGUCUAUAUCUAGUCUAGAUAUGAAUUUUCUAGUGGGAUAGUCUAGUUCAUAAUUUAAGCUUGUAUAUUUGUUCAUUAGUUUGGGCACGCUUAAUGUAAAGGUUAUACCAUAAAUUUGUUUCAGUAAAUGACAAAUUUGUUUCUAAUAGAAUUGGUUACUUAAAUGUGAAGGUUAUACCCUGCAAGAAAUCGUAUAAGUUGUCAAUGAGUACUAAGUAGAUAUAAUGAUAAUUUGACGAUCAAAUCCAUGUUUUGAAAUUCUCUCGACAAGGUAUAUCUUAAUUAUGAUCCUUGAAAGAGAGGGUGUAUAGGCUUGUCCCAUCU